CCCCACUGGGACAUGGAGCCUGAUCUGCGGGAGGUUGGUGGAAGUUCCUGGAAACCUCUGUCUCCGUCUCCAUCACCUGCUGGCGGGCAUCUCAGCCACUCCCAGGACUCUCAGCCAGAGUCCCACCCUUUCCCGGAGCUGACAGCCCCACUUCAGAGCCUGGACCUUGAGGAGUGGCAGGGAAAGCAGGACAGUCGGGAUGUGGUGUGUGGCAUCUGUAUGGAUAAAGUGUGGGACAAGCCGGAAGCUGAGCGGGUGUUUGGCAUCCUGCCCAACUGUACCCAUGCUCACUGCCUGGGCUGCCUCCGUACCUGGCGGAAGAACCAUCAGAACCUUCCGCUGAAUGUCAUCAAGGCCUGUCCCCAGUGCCGAGUUCAUUCCAGCUACAUGAUUCCCCACAAGUUCUGGGUGGGCGAGGGGCCCAAGAAGGAGCAGCUCAUCAGGAAUUUCAAGGCUUGGACCAGCCAGAUCCCCUGCCGGUUCUUCAUGAGGGGGAGAGGCCGCUGCCCCUUCAAAUCUGACUGCAUCUACCUGCACCAGCUUCCAGCUAAGACCCCGGUCUCUGGUCCUCCUUGGCCUGACAGUGUUCAACUGGUCUCUGGGAGUAAGUUCCAGGUACUGGGCCCAGCACUGUUCUUAAGGGGCCACCAAGCCAGAAGAGGAUAUGUUCUUCACAGACUGUGCCCUGGCUCUGGCUCUCUGAGGUUCAGAACUCCUGCUAGGUCUCAACAGUUCUCUAUGGCUUGCUACACCAGGAUCGGCUGGAGGAGAUGGGACGAGGGGAAGGGCUGGUGGUUCUUUCCCCUGUGGGGUUUAGUGGUAGGCAAAAGUAGCCAACCCUUUACCCCUGUAAACCACAGCAGUGACACAACUGAGGGACACAGGAAUGGAGGAUGGCUUCUGGAGUGAGAAAGGAUUCU